UUUAGACAAAAUGGUGAGAGCUCUUUUUCUCUACAUUGUUUUCAUCCAGGUCCAGACGUUGCCAUGUGUGUCUAACAUAGAAGACUAUAUUUUGCAGAAUUACAGUUCAGCAAUAAAACCUAGAUGGAAUCAAAAUGAGACUGUCGAUGUCAGUAUAUACAUGAACAUAAAUUCCGUCCAAGAGGUAGAUGAAAGAUUACAGCAAAUCUCCAUGUUUGCCUGGUUUAAUGUUCAGUGGAAUGACGAUUUUUUAAUAUGGAACGAGAAAGAAUAUUCAGGAAUUAAGAUGAUCACCGUGCCCUAUCAGAAGGUUUGGGUGCCGGAUCUGUCUCUGUGGAACUCCGAAGAAAACAACCACGACCUUGGACCACAUCCGACUGUUACAGUAACAUCUGAUGGUCACGUGGUUUGGUUCCCAGGAGAUAAAAUCGUGACUAUCUGUGAUCUGAAAAUGACAAAAUUUCCCUUUGAUGAACAACAAUGUGAAUUUGUUGUUUCUCCUUGGCAAAUUACCGACCAGAUUCAAAAACUUAUUCCAAGGAAUCGGUCCAACAACGAUGCGAAAUUAAUAUCAGAGAAUGGAGAGUGGGAAAUAAUGACUUUCACUUACAGUUCAGAGUAUCUUACAGAAUUCGAUAUGACUACUAUACAUUACUCACUACGCCUUAAAAGACGGUAUCUGUAUUUUGUGCUCAAUAUGCUUGUACCCAUCAUGAUACUUUCUAUUUUAAACUCAGUGACAUUCGUCAUUCCUUUGGAAUCGGGGGAGAGAAUUCAAUAUUCCCUCACGCUUUUCCUGGCAUUUACCGUGUUUUUAACUAUAUUUGAAAGAAUGAUGCCGCAGAAUUCCACCGCUGUUCCCUACAUUUCUGUGUAUGUUGGUUUCCAGUUACUUCUUUGUGUCAUCUCGACAGUGGUCUCCGUUCUAGCCGUGUCAGGAGUACAGACGUUGAAUGAUGCGGACACUAAAUGUGUUAACCCUACUUACCUCGAGAAGAGUGCAAAUCAAUCCAAAACUCCUGAUGAAGAUAAGACGGCGGACAAAAUUGUGGAGGUUGAUGACGGGGUAGAACGCAACAAGGACAAGAACCACAACAAGAAUGAUAAGAUGUUUGUUAUGAACCACAUCCACCAGGAACGUAAAACGAACUUUGUCAUGAUUCUAUUUAACACGAUCUCACAAGUUCUUUCAGCUAUAAUACUGUUUAUUAUGUACUGGAAUUAAUGCAUUCUUACCAUGAGUUGAAGAUGAUUUGUUUCAUUUAAUAUUUGUUGUGAUAUAAAACCUGAAUUGAAGAUUCAAAAGGGUAAAACUAUAUGAAGAUUGAAAUCAUAUCAAUUUGUUCAGUAAUGAAUAAUCAUUCCUGUAUGUUUCGUAUCAAUUUGUUCAGUAAUGAAUAAUCAUUCCUGUAUGUUUCGUAUCAAUUUGUUCAGUAAUGAAUAAUCA